UGUCGUAAAAUCAUGUGUUUGUCUUUUUAAACAUCGGCUGCGGGUUUGAAAAGAUUUUGAUUCUCGUCUUUUGGGGACUGUCAGCACAUCGGAUGAUAAGUGAUCUUUCCACCUUAAGUGUGAAUGGGUUGUACACCUAUAUAUUGUCGCCAAAUGGAGCUUGAACCAUUUUGGGGUACACACAUUUUUGUGUGGGCUGUAAGUGACGGAAAUUACGGUUUGCCAUUGUUGUCAAUUUGAUAGCAAGGGAACAAUCCUGGUUAAUGAUAACUUCAUAAGGGACGAUUUGAUGGCAAUAAUAAGAAAUCUUUGAAUCUUCAAAAACAACACCGUGCAAGUACCAACAGGAAUAAACCAACAUGUAUACCAAACCAAAUAGGAGUGUGCGGAAAUCACAGAAGCAGAUCAUUUUUAUAACAAUACUGAUGUUGAUUUUUGGAAAUAUUAGCCUACUUCUUGAGAUGGGUUUUGUCGGCGAGUCUUUCACCCAAAGAAAGCUUAUCAGAGCGGGUAACUCCUCUGAAUACGUGUCCAUUUUUCACCAAUAUCCUCUUGAUAUAGACCUGGCGAAUAUUGUUAAUGAAGUAAUAUUACACAACAAAAGCUUCCUAUAUCAGCCUAUUAACCCUUAUAUCUAUCACUACUUACACUCCCCUAAUCCUUGUGAUUUUCGACACACAAAAGAUGAACGUCAUUCCGUUUUGAUUGUUGUUAAGUCGCACGUACUGAACACGAACCAAAGACUCGCUAUCCGGCAUGUUUGGAAGGAUGCACAUGACAAACGUGUUCGGCUGGUAUUUAUGCUUGGAGCGCACAGUUUAGAAGGCGAACAGUGGAGAGUUGAAAAGGAAGUGAAACUGUAUGACGACAUUGUGCAAGGAAAUUUCAUCGACAGCUUUAAUAAUUUGACAUACAAAUUACUUAUGGGUUUAGAUUGGAUUAAUAGUCAUUGCAGACAAGCCGACAUGUUGCUUUUCUUUGAUGAUGAUUUCUACGUGUUCCCUAACGAAAUCUUAGAUUUUUUAAGACGUUUGCCAAAUCAGAGAAAUUUAUUUAUCGGAAAAGUUAUAAAAAAUCAGCGUGUAAAUGAUAUAAGAACAUUAAGAAAAAAUCCUAAAUUUAGAAAUUACAUGUUUAAGGAAAUCCCAACGUAUGUAAACGGCGGGUCUUAUGUGAUGUCACAAGAAACCGCUAAAAACUUCCAUACAGCUUUUCCAUAUGUGAAAUACUUUGAAAUAGAUGACAUAUACCUUGGUAUCGUGGCACAAAAACUAGACAUCCACCCACAGCAGGACUCCCGUUUUGAUACAAGUAACCCCCAAGCACUGGCAUAUGAGUGCUCACACUACCCCCCACGACUGCUGAAAGGCGAAUGUCCUCUAGCUGGUAGGCGUCGAGAACGUGCCCCUGUUAUACGUCAUGUAAAGGUGAAGCCUGAUACAUUUUGGGUACGCCUCUAUAUGUUACCUCAAAUCUUGAAGUCUGCUGCAAAAAAUGUCGGACAUGCUUUAUAUGUUGUUUAACGAAUACUCCACUAAGUCUUAAAACA